GGAAGGAGAAUGAGCAAGGUCUCAAACCACAGUAGUAGCCAAGACUAUAUACCAUUGCAGUAAAAUAAGUUAUCAUAAGAAUGGACAGAUGUUCUGCUUACCAGCGCUAAUACUAUGUUACUGACUCGACAGCCCCGGGAAUAAGAUAAAUAUUUGGGAUAUAAUCAGCACCUGAUUUAGAUGGUAUGGGAUAAUAUGAUAGCUGAAGCCAAGGGAUGACUGAUGGAGAAAGUAGAUGGAAUCGUUGAUAAGUAGAGGUGGGGAAGAAUAGGGAACAACACAAAAUAUGGCAACCACACAGGUGUCAAAAGACCGUACCAUUAGUAAUUAGGAAGGGGGUAUACAUGCUUGCCCUGAUUGAACAACAGCAAACAUCUAUUUGGGGUGUUUUUCCAUUUUCCUUUGUCUCAAUAUUAACACGAAUAUGUUUCCGUACUUGAGAGGACAAAAUAAAAUGUUAUUUCCCUUAAGCCUUGUUCUGGCAUAUUGUGGUGUGUAGGAUUAAGCAUGAGUGCCAUCAACAGUGCAUUACAUCAAGAGUCUUGCAUAUUACUGUGUUAGGCUAGAGAUCUGAAUUCCAAUUAAAGUGGGAUCAGUCACACUAAGAUUGUAGCAAGCAAAGGCCUUACAUUUGUAAUUUGCAUCAAUAAGUCUCUAGUCUUUGUAAUUCGUCUUGGAUAAAGGUGUCUGCUAAAUAAAUAAGAAUGAGUCUAAUCUUUUAUCUGCUCUGCAGUGCCAUCUUACAAUAAUUGAAAACUACUUUAAACUUGAUGUUCUUAAAAGAAGAAAAAAAACCUGCCAAGUAAAUACUGAGAGGCAAGGACCUGACCAUUAAAAAUGGUGAUAGAAUUGAAAUCUGAAGCCUUUCACAAAACAUGGAUAAACAAACCAACAUUUCAGUGUUAUGCAAUGCAAUUCAGCACCUUUCAUAACGAGCUGAUUAACAACAGAUAGGUCCUGGAACUGAAGACAUGCCAUACGGGAUGAUAAGUCAUUGGUCUAGUUGUUCCGCUGCUAAGAAAAGUAUAUUUCUAACUGAAAUGUAGGAUGCCUUCAAUUAGUAUUUUGUGUUUGUAAAAUGAAAAGGAAAUGAUUGACUGAGGCAGCAUACUCGGUUUAAUAGCACAGUUUAUUGCAAUCCAAGCUCUUAGUUAGCAUAAUACUCUAUAUCAUCAUCAAAUAUCUGUUCGAGUUCUAGUUGAGAGUUUGUCGAACUAUACAAUUGUAGCAGCUCUAACUGCAGCUUUAACACUUUAACACUCUUACUUCCCCUCAGUUUAUUAAACCUUUCUUCAAAACAACAGUAUAUGUGGCACAUGACCUAAAUCAAAACUGUUUCACCCAAAAUUCAAGAGUUUAAAAGUAAAGACUUGUGCAAGAACAAUAGUAUUGUAACCUGCCAGCACCUCCACUGGGAUAAUAGGGAAACUGGAUUAGGGACCCACCAGUUACCGUGGUGGUUUUACAUUAUUGGCAUGCGCCAGUGUGUGUGUAUCUCAGCUAUAGAAGGUGGCUUAUGCCUGCAGCACGUUAGGGGUAUGAUUGACAGCUACGGGUAUUUUUUUUUAUUUUACAUACUUUGUGGACUGAUUAAUUGUUUUAUUGCACAACGUACACAGGUAUUGCAGUCAUGUAUUGAUGCAAGCUAAACGUUUAACAAGAAACUGCUGCAAGAAAAAAGUGAGCUUUUAUUUUGUCAAAAAUAUACAGUUGCCUUCUGAUUGUAUCUAGUUGCGCACGUGGGGGCGUUAUAUGAUGAACAUUAUAAUUAAAAUGGGGAACACCUUUUGACGAGCAAGAAACGUCAGAGAUUACAGAUGAUCUGUAGACCAAUAGUUUUCUGGUUUGUGCAUCUAAACUGAGAACGAGAGAUGUGCAAAAGCCCUGCCUGCAACAGAAACAGUAUCUGUUUGCAAAAGAAGCUGAAACUGCCAGACCUUGACAUUGUUUAAGAGAGAAAAUACUUAAACUACAUAGAGGUUUUAGUCAGAUGCGGCUCAUUUGGCGCUGUGUUUUUCGUUGAUCAGGGGAGUCUGUGUUAUCUACAGAUCUAGCUACAUGUUGUUUUAUUGUUGUUGUUUUAAAAUUGUAAAUGCUUCUCCAGCUGUAAAGAUCAUCCAGCAUUUUCUGCAGAAAUGAUGACCCGGCACAUGUGGCUGUUCCUGACAUAUUUGGCUUCUACUUUCCAAAAAUCGGAGGGUCUUUUUAACGACACUUUCUUUAAAGGGACUUAUGAAGCCGCAAACAAUUGGUCCAGAUCCUUUACUUUAGACAAUAAUACGCUAGCUGACUGGCAAAUUUUGUUAGGCAAAAGAAAAUAUGAAGCGGAGUCACAAAACCCCACAAUUAAAGCCCUGCUAAUUGUUGCAUAUUCCUUCAUUAUUGUGAUAUCUCUUUUUGGAAAUAUCCUUGUUUGCCAUGUCGUGAUAAAGAACAAAAGGAUGCAUUCUGCCACUAGUUUAUUCAUUGUGAAUCUUGCUAUAGCGGAUAUAUUAAUAACGAUUUUGAAUACCCCCUUUACUUUGGUUCGUUUUGUGAACAGUACCUGGGUGUUUGGAAAGAGUAUGUGUCACAUCAGUAGGUUUGUCCAGUAUUGCUCACUGCAUGUCUCUACACUGACACUGACUGCGAUCGCUUUGGAUAGACAUCAGGUAAUUUUGCACCCUUUAAAGCCCAGAAUGUCAACUGCGCGGGGAGUGGCCUGCAUCGCUUUCAUCUGGAUCAUGGCCAGUUGUUUUUCCUUGCCGCAUGCCAUUUAUCAAAAGCUGUUCACGUUUUCCUACAGCAGCAAGGAUACCAUCCGAAGCCUAUGUGUCCACGAUUUCCCCGAUCCAGCAGAUCUCUACUGGAAAUACAUAGACUUGGCAACAUUGAUUUUGCUGUACGUUUUGCCACUCUUGAUCAUUUCCGUUGCCUAUACAACGGUGGCCAAGAGGCUCUGGCGGCGCAACACCAUAGGGGACGUCACAACCGAGCAGUAUUUCGCCCACAAAAGAAAGAAGAAAACGACCAUUAAAAUGCUCAUGAUGGUCGUUGUGGUCUUUGCCGUGUGCUGGUUCCCCUUAAACUGUUAUGUCGUCCUUAUAUCGAGCCAAACAAUUCGCAGCAGCCACGCGCUCUAUUUCACCUUUCAUUGGUUUGCCAUGAGCAGCACGUGCUACAACCCGUUUAUUUACUGUUGGCUAAAUGAAAAAUUUAGGUCGGAGCUGAAGUACUUGAUGAACAUUUGCAAGAAGAAGCAGCGGGUGGAGGAGCAUAUGCUCCCAUCGACAGACCCUGGUCACAGAACCGCCUGGUCAGAAAGCAACAGGAACUAUACUAGAGCCAAGGCUUCCCAGAGCCUCAGGUCAACCAGCAACAUCCAGUCAGGAAAGACAGAUAUCUCAGCAGUAGAGCCCAUUGUAGCAGUUACCUAAUUUGAUUUUUAAUAAGGUGCUGUGCCAGGUGAAAAAAAAACACACAUGUAUCCCAAAUAUUACCAUGGUAGACAGAACUAUUUAGGUUUAACUAACAUUGUAGAGGUCAUGGGACGCAGAUAUUAGGGGUGCAACUAAUGCAUUUCAUGACCUUGCCAUGCCUGUAAGAUCCCAGAGCAAACAUGCUUUGGUGGUUCUUUCCUAUAAGUCACCCUGUAAGUUUGAUAUAUAAUUGGUACUUUUAUGGCAGUGGGGAGUUCAGUGUUGUGUGUGGAUAUAGAUCUAUUCUUAGAAUCCAUCCACUGUCCAAUCAACAAGACCAAAGCAACAGAAAAAAGUUAAAAAAAGUAAAAUAACCAAAUUACUUUUAUUUAACUAUAUUUAUUUAUUUUGCCAUUCCAGGUCAUUAAAGGGUGGGCGAGAAAGACGUGUACCUAUUGUGGCUUUGAAUCAUUGCACAUUAUUAGUAAUAGACAAUAAACUAUAUGUGACUGUAUGUAUGUACUGUAAAAGACAUUAAAAAAUAAGCACCACGUAUGACUUGCCUUAGACACUGAACAUUCACAGGUCAUGUCUUUCAUAAUCAUUUAUUUUUUUUAGACUGGGCAGUAGCAGCACUAGCCCACUUCCUCCUCUGUAUCAUAUCUUUGAGAGACAAAUCAUGUAAGCUUUUCUAUAAACCAGUGACGAUAUUCUGCCUUUUCAGGGCAUUUGAAGUACAUGUUCAUAUGUUGGUAUUCGUAUUAUGAAGAUAAAAGGAGUGCUGUUUGUAUUGUAAUGUGAAAAUAAGCACCGCUAUCAACGUGUUCAUAUUUUUUUCCUAUUAAGUAAUGAAAAAAAAACAGAUAAGGAAAAAAAAGAAACAUGCACUUUAGUGGUUCUAUGAUUAUGACCAUUUUCCCAGCAUCUGUGAGAUAUUAGUUACAUAUUCUUUGUUGUUAUUAUGGAUGUGACAAGACAAUUAUGUGUUUGGUACCCAAUGAUUUAAUGCUGUACAUUUUGGCUUUAUGUAAUAAAAACAUUGCAAUGUUGUUGUUAUUAUUAUUAUUAUUAUUAUUAUUAUUAUUAUUAUUAUUAUUAUUAUUAUUAUUAUUAUUAUUACUCAUAGUCUACUCUGCUAAAAAAAGAAGAAAAAAAAACGCAAUUUUUGAAAAUUCUAAGGAAGUUGAAGCACAUUUAAGUCCUUUUACAUAGCAAAAUAAACCCCUAAAAAUAGCUAAGAAGGACUGUUUAAUGUUUAAUAAUCAAGAUACUUCUAGGUCUUUGAAAAACUUGUUAUUGAAGUAAUUUCAUGAAGCAAGGUGUCAUUAUCCCACUGUAUAGCUAAUCAAUAACAGCUUUUGUUGGUUUGUGAAUGUCUAAUUCAACAUGUUAAGUAACACUUUCUAAAAUUGUACGAUGUAUUUUCAUAUAGAAUUAGUUUGGUGGAAUUUAAAUUUUGUAAAUAAAAUUGAAAAAUAUGCUUA